CUCAUUGGAUGUGAGGUUAUCCUCAGUUUUUGUUGGAUGGGACACCUUCACCAAUUGUAUGAGAAUGAACAGUUGGUUGACGGACGACAUGACUGACACUUGGUUGGAAGCGUGUGGGUGGGGCUCGAGCCAAUGUCGACUGGAACUGUGAUUUGGUAUCAACGUCUCGCUUUUUACUACUGGCGUUUGCGUCGGAGGAGACUCGAAGGGAGUGAGUGUAGUUGAUGUGAGAAAAUAGGUUGUUGGAGUGAACUUACGGCACGAGGGCAAAUACAGUUUGGUCGGGCUCAAAGUUGGGCCAACAGAUGCAGGUCAGGGAAGGUGCCGUUGGCACUUGUCGGCGGCGAGGCAGACUUUUGGUCCAAUGCAGGAGGCCGUCAACAGGUCGGCACUUCCUCGAGUUGAAUCCCAGAUCAAAGACGGCACGCGCGAUGCCGACCUACUGCCUCUGGAUACUUCAUGCCCCCUCCCCCAUCCUCCUCUGCUUUCCAUAACCACAACCCUAUCGAGACUCCGACUCUCAUUGUCCCGAUACCGAAUUCUCAAUCGACAAACUCAUCCCAAAAUCACCACCAAGAUGGAUUGCACUCGCGUCUUUGAGUGCUUUCUCGGCCAGCUCUCUGAGCCCCAGCGGCAGCCUGCCGUCAUAGUAGAGAAGCAACCCGGUGUGAUCACCGAGCAGCCUGUUCGAUCCGCUCAUGAUGCCGCCGCAGAGUUCGUCGCCACCCUCCGCACCGCUGAGAAGGGUGGCAAAGACCUCGAGCGCCGCCUCAGGAACAUUGUCACCGUCAACUCCUGGACUGAGGAGCUGGCAGAGUACAUUCUUCGGGGUAUCGAGUACCUUGUCCAGCAUCGCGACACCAUUGGCCAGGUGGUCAGGGAUGCCGUGGAUGAGGCUAUCGAGGCUGCCGAGAGCGUCUUCCAGUUCGCAAAGGAUCACCCUGUCUUCGUGACCAUCAUCGCCAUCGGCAUCUUGGUCCUCAUCUCCCCCUGGGUUCUUGAGGCCCUCGGCUUCAGCGAGCUUGGUCCAGUUGCCGACACGUUCGCCGCCUUUUGGCAGGCUCGUUACGCCGGCUACGUCCCCAAGGGUUCCCUUUUCUCCUUCUUUCAACGACUUGGCAUGGUAAGUAACCAAAUGGCAAGUAAAUACACAAACGUCGCCAAAAUGAUCAAGUUCUUCAUCGUAAUUCUUGGGAUCGCCGCACUUGUGCCUUCUUUCCUGUCGCUCAUCGGUUUCGGUCCUGCCGGCCCCGUCACCGGCUCGUUGGCUACCUGGUGGCAGUCCUUCUACGGCGGAGCUGUCCCCGCUGGCGGGCUCUUCGCCUACUUGCAGCACAUCGCCAUGACCUGGCAAAUUUAGUCUCGACUUUAACACGGAUGGCUUUCAUGCUGCGUUGCGACGAAUUCUGUAUCCCUCGGAGUAUCGGAGGGAUGGGUAUCGUGGGAAGAUUGGGAGCUACAGAGUGAAAUAGGACGUGGCGUAGUAAUGUCGGCGGAUGAUGG